CAUCACUAAAAUCGAGUCGUGUUAAAAAUUCUCCUUUAAAUUUAUUAUUUUAAGCCAAAAAAUGGAUGAUUUAAUAUUAAAUGUCGUGACAACACCAAGGCCCGUCACUAAAGUCAAAGAAAAAUCAUUUUCUGGACCGCAUUCAAAAUCUUCAAACAAAUCUGGAAGCAAUGGAUUCUCAUUCCAAUUCACUAAAAAGGACAAAGUAAAAGCAGUUGUUGCUAGAAAACGUCCUCCGAGACCUUUAAUAGCGGGAGAUUUUGCUGCCAAAAAAGCGGAUGACUUGAUUUUGAACACAACGACCUCGAAUGAGAUACGAGAGAAGCGGGAAAAGGCAGUUUCAGCAACAAAGACCGAGAAAACCGUUGAAAAAAGUUCUGAAAACACCCAAAAACCGAAGCCAGAGAAGAAAUUAAAGUCCCCGAACACAAAAUCAAAAGAAAAAAAAUCAGCUCCAAUGAAAAAAGAAGUAAAAUCUUACCUUUUUGAUCGUGUCGAGUUGCCACAAAUGGGAAAAAGUCAAGUAACGCCGGUGCAAGAGACAGUUUUCAGUGGCAUGAAGAUCGAAGCGUUGAAUAUCCAUCCACAUGCCAUCAAAAACUUGCAAGAUACGUUACAAUUUAAGGAACUAACAAAAGUCCAGGAACGCACAAUUCCCCUCGCACUCGAAGGAAAAGACAUUUUGAUCCGAUCUCAAACGGGCUCGGGCAAAACUUUGUGUUACGCGGUCCCAAUUGUGGAGCUCCUGAGCAGAAUUGUGCCAAAAAUCUCCCGAAUUGACGGAAUUCACGCAUUAAUUGUCGUCCCAACGCGAGAAUUGGCCUUGCAAUCGUACGAAUUGCUCCUGAAAUUGGUGAAACCCUUCACGUGGCUCGUGCCCGGCUACUUGAGUGGCGGCGAAAAACGAAAAUCCGAAAAAGCCAGACUCCGAAAUGGGAUAAAUAUUUUAAUUUGCACACCGGGACGCUUGUGUGAUCAUCUUUUGCAUACGGAAGCCUUGAAAUUAAGCAAAGUUCAGUUCCUCGUGCUCGACGAAGCCGAUCGUUUGUUCGAAUUGGGCUACGAAAAAGACGUAAGAAACAUCGUGGAAGUCCUGAGGAAACAUAAAAACGCCGUGGAAGGCGAAAAAUGCGUACAAACGAUACUUUUAUCGGCGACAUUGACGACAGCGGUGAAAGAAUUGGCAGGACUGACACUCACAGAUCCCAUUUUCGCCGAUUGUCGGGACUCGGGUGUCGUUAAUACGCAAAAUUUUGACGAAAUGGAUGACUCAAAUGAGAUAGAUGCGGCUGUUAUUCCGUCGACGGUGUCUCAAACGUACAUUAUUGUGCCGCCAAAACUCCGUUUAGUCACGUUAUCGGGCAUGAUAGCGCAUGAGAUCGAAAAAAGGAACAAUAAAAUCUUUGUUUUCAUGGCAACAAUGGCUCUGGUUGACUAUCACUACGAUAUUAUGGUGGAUGUGUUGGCGCGAAAAAAGUCCGAACACGAAAGUGACUCGGAAAAGGAGCUGGAUGAGGACGAGGACAUGUUACAGAGCGACGACGAGGAUGUUGAAGAUGGAUUAUUACCGGGAUUAAGAUUUUUCAAAUUACAUGGCUCCAUGACCCAAGUCGAACGCAGCUCCGUCUUCAAAGAAUUCAGAAAUGCCAAAAUUGGAGUCCUCCUGUGUUCGGAUGUUGCCGCUCGCGGUCUUGAUGUGCCAAAAGUCGAUGUCAUCAUCCAAUAUGAUCCACCGCAGAAAAUUUGCGAUUAUGUGCAUCGUGUGGGUCGAACAGCGAGAGCGGGCAAACAAGGAAAGGCAAUUUUGUUUGUAGGACCAUCAGAGACGAAUUUUAUUGAGGUUUUGGAGAGUAAACGAGUGCAGAUCCAUCAAGAAGACAUGGAAAAAUAUCUCAGAGGACUACUGACACCUGCAAGUACCGCACGAAAUGCACACGAAGCAGCUAUCGAGCUACAAAGAGAGUAUGAGGAACUUGUGUCGAAAGAGAAAGAAAUCAAAACCGGAGCUAGCAAAGCAUUUGUUUCAUGGGUUCGUUUCUAUUCGACGUUCCCGCGAGAGUUGCGACCAAUUUUCAACAUAAAAACCGCUCACAUGGGUCAUCAUGCCAAAAGUUUGGGCUUGCGUGAAGCUCCGAGUGCCUUUUCCAAGGAAUAUCACGAACCGAAGCCGGAAUUGCCGAAAAAUCGUCUCACAAUUGAGGAUCGAAGACCGCCAGCGAGAACUCCUUUCACCCCGAAGAUGCAACCAAAGAGUUUGGUGAUGGCGCGAGGAACAAAAGUCUCUCCGGGAGGCAAACGACUCCCGAUGAAACGAGGAAAUGAGCGAAAAUUCAGCGAAAAAUACGGUUACGAGUUCCAACGAGGACUAAAAACGGCGAAAAUGUUGACUGUCAGUGAGUUUGAUAGCGGAUUGCCGCCAAUGAAGAAGCGAAAAUUGAAGUAAAAGUCCGGAUUUCAAAUAAAAAUUUAUUUUUUUAA